CUCUCGCUUUCCCACCUCACACAGGGUAUGAGAAAACAAAGAAGUCCUUAACCUGCGCACUUCUACCAAUUUUUUAACCUACGCCACCGCUUUCCUCGCCACUGUGUCUCUGUCUCUGUCUCUCUCUCUCUCUCUCAAAUUUCCCAAUUCUCAAAAGUACAGCAAACAAAAGUCCGCAUCACAGAAACCACAUCGAACUUUCUCUCUCUCUAUAUCUCUUCGUCAUGGCUUGAUUCGAUUUGCCGAUUUUGCCGGAUUAGGGUUUGGACUCUGGAAUUCAAUCAUCGGAACUGUGUAGGGGGUUGUGCUGAGGGUUUCGAGAUAUUGGAGUAAAUUAGGGUUUUUCUUUGGUUUUUGCGUGAUUCUUUGAAUUGCGAUGUUGAUGGCAGCCGAUAGGUCGAACCUUUGGUCUUUCACAGAUUUAUCGGUGGGUGAUGGCGAUAUUGAUCUGUCCAUCGAUCUUCAGUCGUUAUGGGAAAUCCUGGAAGAUAGUUCCGAUCCUGUGCAGAAUAGUCCAGAGGAUUUAUCAGUAGAAAAACAGCAUCAAGGCAAGUUGGCUUCUGAUGUUGGCAAUGAUGAACGUUCCCUGCUUCAAAUGGAAUUGCUGGAUUCGGAAAGGACAUCUUCUUUCGGGGCUGAAUUAGCUGGAUCUGUUACAUUUUCCUCUUCAUACAACUCUGAAGCAUCAGAUUCAAAGGCAGGGGUUUCAGAAGGUUCUUUUGAGUCUGUAGGGAAGCAGGAUGCUUCAGCUCGAACUAAUUCUCCGAUGCAUAGCUGCUCCGGAAGUCUUACAGAUUGGAUGUUACCAAUUUCUGGUCAUGAUUCUUUAAGUGCAGGGAGUAAUGGAGUCAUUCAAAAUGUUUCUUUUUAUAGCGAAGAUGACAGUAAGGAAACUCAAUAUGAAAUACCUAAUUGUAGUGCUACAUUUAGUUUUCCUGCUGGAGAUGCUAAUCAAGGUUCAGAUUUUAUAGAAACUUUCAAUUCCAGUCACCUGAAGGGUGAAGCUGAAUUUCAAUUUGGUUGUUUGGAGGGUGGUGCUAAUUCCCAAUAUGGAUCUCACAGUCCUCUUUUGGAGAAAUCAGAUAUUAAUUUUGGAGACAUGAUGGAUAUGGAUAUACCUUUGGAUUGGAAUCUACAUGAUAGUUUAAGUCUUCAAUUUAUGUACAAUAAUGAAGCAGUGGCAAAAUUAAAGGAUGAAUUGGAGUAUCUUCCAACUCAGGCCGCACACAUAAAUGGUGUGAUGAUGUCAGAGGUCCAGGUGGGAAAAGUUGGCGGAGAACUUUUGGGACUAUCAAUGACUGGUGACCCCAAUGUCAGUGAGCUUAAUGUCAAAUGUGAAGGUGAUAAACUUAUAUCACGAACAGGUGGAAACUCUUUUACUAAAACCAAUGGUGGAUUUAUCAUUGACAAGACAAUGUCACAGCCCUUGCCUUGUACUCUGUCAAAUGUUUCUAGCCAAAAGAAAAUGGCUCAUAUAAAGGGUGAAAGAAAUGAUGGACUGGUUGCUUUUAGUAGGACCUCUCCUAGUGUUGGUAAUGGGUUUAAUGCUGACAACCACCCAAGGCAUAUUCUGCCGUCCAAUUCAAAGAAGGAGCUUUUGAUCCACACAAAAGAUGAAAAAGAAGAUCAAUACUUGUCAUCUAAAAGAGCUCGUCAUACUCAGAGCAAAUAUCCCAAUCCGGUUGCUGAUGGUCAUUAUGUAAAGGCCUCAGAGCAACCUUGCAUCCAGCCGUCCAUUUCAAUGAGGAAGCAAUUAGGCUGCACAAAGGAUGAAAGAGAGAGUAAACUGAUUCAGCCCAAGAGUUUGGAUACUCAUCUUUCAAAAGUCAGCUGCAAAACAAUUCACAGUAAUGCCAUCGUUAAUAGCUCCCAAGACGAUGAUGACUCAGAUCUAUGUAUUCUGGAAGAUAUAAGUGAACCAUCACGCUCAAAUCUAUCUUCAAUGAAUAGGAAUUCCCUGGUUUCGUUGCAGCAUCCUACAAUUGUUGACCCCCCUAAUCACUUGGGAAUGGGAGUUGUGAGGCGUAGAGCAAAUGAUGAACGGCUAAUUUUUCGAGUUGCAUUGCAGGAUCUUUCUCAGCCAAAAACAGAAGCUAUUCCACCAGAUGGUCUUUUGGCUGUGCCUCUUUUAAGACACCAGAGAAUUGCUUUGUCUUGGAUGGUCCUGAAGGAGACAGCCAGCUUGCACUGCUCUGGAGGAAUUCUUGCAGAUGAUCAGGGACUGGGGAAAACGAUAUCAACAAUUGCGCUUAUACUCAAGGAAAGGGCUCCAUCUUCCAGACCGUGUCCAGACAAUUUGAAACAAAAUGAAAUGGAAACAUUAAAUUUGGAUGAAGAUGAUGAUUGUGUGUCUGAGCUUGACCAAUCGAAGCAGGAUGUUGAGUCAUGUCAAGUUGUGUCUAAUGGAACUCCGAUUAAGAGGACGGACACUUAUGUGCAAGCCAAGAGUAGGCCAGCUGCUGGAACCCUUGUUGUAUGUCCUACAAGUGUCUUGCGGCAAUGGGCUGAUGAAUUGCAUAACAAGGUGACUAGCAAAGCUAAUCUAUCUGUUUUAGUAUAUCAUGGAAGCAAUCGGACGAAGGAUCCUUUUGAGCUGGCCAAGUAUGAUGUUGUCCUUACAACAUAUUCAAUUGUAAGCAUGGAGGUCCCAAAGCAGCCUCUUGUUGAUAAAGAUGAUGAUGAGACUGGAAGGCAAGAAGCUCGCAUUGUUACUCCCAUGGGAUUGUCAUCUAGUAGGAAGAGGAAAUAUCCUCCUAGUUCUGAUAAAAGAUCUUUGAAGGAUAAGAAGGGAAUGGAAAAUGCAUUGCUUGAAUCUGCUGCUCGUCCUCUCGCUCGGGUUGGAUGGUUUAGGGUUGUACUGGAUGAGGCACAGAGCAUAAAAAAUCACAGAACUCAAGUAGCUCGGGCUUGUUGGGGGCUCCGUGCUAAACGCAGGUGGUGCUUAUCAGGGACACCUAUCCAGAAUGCUGUUGAUGAUCUUUAUAGCUACUUUAGAUUUCUCAGAUAUGACCCAUAUGCUGUGUAUAAGUCAUUCUGCUCCACAAUAAAGUUCCCGAUCAAUAGGAACCCAAAGAAUGGGUACAAAAAGCUACAGGCUGUCUUGAAGACAAUAAUGCUACGUCGCACAAAAGGCACACUUCUUGACGGGGAACCCAUCAUCAACUUACCACCCAAAUCAGUAGAAUUGAAAAAAGUGGAGUUCACGAAGGAGGAGCGUGAUUUCUACCGCAGACUGGAGGCUGAUUCAAGAGCUCAGUUUGCAGAAUAUGCAGCUGCUGGAACUGUCAAACAAAAUUAUGUCAACAUUUUGUUGAUGCUCUUGCGCCUUCGACAAGCAUGUGAUCAUCCUCUUCUUGUAAGAGGGUACGACUCUAGUUCCGCAUGGAAAUCAUCUGUUGAGAUGGCGAAGAAACUUCCUCAGGAGAAGCAAGUUUAUCUUCUGAAUUGUUUGGAAGCUUCUUUGGCAAUUUGCAGCAUAUGCAAUGAUCCACCUGAGGAUGCUGUUGUAACAAGCUGUGGGCAUGUCUUUUGCAAUCAAUGUAUCUGUGAAGAUCUUACAGGUGAUGACAAUCAGUGCCCUGCCACAAAUUGCAAAGCUCGACUCAGUUUAUCAUCAGUGUUUUCUAGAGCCACAUUAAAAUGUUUACUCUCGGAGCAGCAGCCGGGUGAGGAUGGUACCCCUGAUUGUGGUGGUUCUGAAGUCUCUGUUAAGAUUGAGCCUGGUUCAUGGAGUCACUCAUUUGAUUCGUCCAAAAUCAAGGCUGCUCUUGAGGUCCUGCAAUCACUUUCAAAACCAAGCCACCGUAUACCAAGAAUUACCACAUUGAAAUCUAUUGAUGAAACUGCCACUUGUCCAGAAAACUCAUCUGAUCCUCUUUCAAAGGGGUUAGAGCAGGAUAUGCUUGAUAAAAUAAACUCAGAUUUGGAAAAAGGUCGGAACGAUUCGAUUAAAGUAGCGGGGGAGAAAGCAAUAGUCUUCUCUCAGUGGACGAGGAUGUUGGAUUUGCUUGAAGAUUGUCUCAAGAAAUCUUCCAUUCAGUACAGGAGACUUGACGGGACAAUGUCUGUUCUUGCCAGAGAUAAAGCUGUGAAAGAUUUUAACACUCUUCCUGAGGUGUCUGUCAUGAUUAUGUCUUUGAAGGCUGCAAGUCUUGGACUGAACAUGGUUGCAGCUUGUCGUGUUCUUCUUCUGGACCUCUGGUGGAACCCAACAACUGAAGAUCAAGCAAUAGAUAGAGCCCAUCGGAUUGGACAGACCCGUCCGGUUACAGUUUUGCGGUUGACAGUAAAAGAUACAGUUGAAGAUCGCAUUUUAGCUCUUCAGCAAAAAAAGAGAGUGAUGGUUGCCUCUGCAUUUGGCGAGGACGAGACAGGUAGUCGUCAGACUCGGCUUACAGUAGAGGACUUGAAGUACCUGUUCAUGGUCUAAUUAGGGUAUUCUUUAUAGUGUAAUUCAGUGCUCAUAUUUCAAUAGAUUCAUUAUUAUUAGCAGCCGCAGCAGCUACACAGUCGAAGAAGCUUUUUCUAACGAUAGAUCUUUGGCAGUUGCUAGAAAAGAGCAGGCUUCAUUUUACAAAGAGAUCAUGCGAUUUGUGGGAAGAAUUGACAUGAUCCGAUUUUUUUAACAAUUGAUUUGUGUCACAUUUUGAUUGUAUAGGAUUUGGAGUUCAAUAGCCAAGUACUGAAUAUAGGAGCCCAGUGGAGAUUCUUUUUUUUGGUCUAAAUUGUAAAUGCUUUUCCAUUUCUUCCCAUACAGAUAUACUUCUAACAUCGCUUUGAUCCGGAAAUGUGAUUAUAUGUUAUUGUGGUGGUUCUUUUUUUAUUUGUUCUA